UACCUCCAUUUUGCCAUGAGAUUUUCAUGCGUCAAAAAAAUCAUAAAGAACUAUUAAAGUAUUGACAAAUAAUUGGUUUAGAUUUGAGUUGUUUUGUUUUUACGAGCAGCGUGUGGGGUGAGUUUUGUUCGCGCGUGUGCCGGUGACAACUUUGUCUUUUUUUUUUUUUAACUUGAAGGGGCGUUUGUUACGCUGGAAAUCUAUUAUUCAUCCAAAAAAAAUAUUUCAAAUUUUUCAACACGUAACAAACGCGGAAAAAAAAAUUCAACUAAAAAUAUUUCCACAUAAAGAGGCGGAAAUAUAUGUCCGGAAAAUUUUUACGGCCCGUUAGGGCACGCUCUUCUUCACUCGCCUCACGCAGCCCUCUUCACCGUGAGGGCUUCAUCGUUUUGAAAGCUUCCUUUGACCCUGUUCAUCCGCAUCUGUCGGUGGCGGAACCGCAUCACAGCAGCAGCGUUGUCUUUCUCAACUGCAGCAGCGUUACCUCUAGGCCAUGUGGAUAAGGACUAUAUGGGGGCUGCCGAUUUUUACGUUAUAGAACCGGAAUCUUGGUGGUGUGCUGCUACUCAUAAGACCUAGAUGCAGUCUUCAGGGUUACUUCUUGGCCCAAAGUGUAUCUAUCCAGUGUAGCCUUGGUUGCUUUAACUAUUGUUGGUAGCUUAAUUGAUGGAGAACAAAACUUUGAAUACACAAGCUCGAGCCAAAUGGAAGAAAGUGGCAUAUGGUGGCAUGCAACCUGGGUAUGCGGACAAUUAUACAGACGAGUCCUUUCUUGAAGAUAUGGUUAUGAAUGCCAAUGUUGUAAAGAGAGACUUGCUUAAAGUGAUGCUGGACUCAGUUUCCAUCACUCAGUAUCUUUGUGUUGUAGUUCUCGUGGUCUGUGUGUGGACAUACACAUUGUCGGCCAGAAUAGAUGGAAGGACACUCCACCUGGUUAAUGCUGUUCUCCUUGGGAUGGGCUUCCUGGUGCUUGUCUUAACGGAAACGAAACUUUCUAUUUCCCUUCUUCUUCAUUACCUCCUUAACAUUGCUUACUUCAUUAGUGGCUUGUAUGUACUAGCCCCACUUUAUUGCACCCUCACAAGAUCCAUCAGUUCAGACUCCAUUUGGGCACUAACAGUUUUCCUGCUUGUUAUUCAUCUUUUUUUGCAUGAUUAUUCUGGCUCAACCAUCAGACCACCUGGGGCCUUGAAGAAUCCAACACUAACCAGCAAUAUCUCCCUGAAUGCGUCCAUUGUGGCGUCUGUUCUUAUUGCUUCCCGCCUUCCUUCAAGGCACCAUGUGUUCUCCAUCAUGCUUUUUUCUUUACAGAUCUUUCUUUUUUCUCCACUUGUGAUGUACUGCAUCAAGAAGUACAACACCAAAGUGCACUUGUGUUUUUCUCUCCUCUUGACCUGUGCAACUUUGGCCAUUCUUUUUCCCCUUCACCAUUCCUUGUUUGCUCUAUUUCUAGUCCUAUUAUUGUUCAUUAUUGUUGUAUGUCCUUACUGGCUUAUCAGGAUACAGGAAUACAAAUUUGAGAUAAAUGGUCCUUGGGAUGAAGCUAAACUUUGUUAUGACAUAACCGAGUAAUCUCUAGUGAAAUAAGGUUUUUUUAUCUAUUA